AUCAGUUUGUCGGUAACUCCUCGAUCAGAGCUCCCAGCACGCAUUUUUGUCUGACGGUCUUUCCCGCGUGUUCCCGACCCAUCCCGCCCUUUGCGAUCCGUCACCACUUCACAAUGUCCUCCAAGUACGCUUUCACUAAGGGUCUGAAGGAGCUGCGCUUCCUUUUCUGCCAGACCUCUCAGGAAAGCGCCGCUACCCGAUCGUUCCUGCAGCGCGCCUAUCCCACCAUGAAGAAGCACAACCCCUCCACUCCUAUCCUGAUGCGCGAGGCAGCUGGUACUGUGCCCAGAGUGUACGCUAGAUACGAGCUCGGAAGAGAGAAGCAGGAAGCCUUGACCGGCUUGACGGACCAGCAGGUCGAAGAGAAGAUUACCCAGUUGGUGAAGGCGUCUUCAUAAUCAGUCCUAUUUAUUGCGCCCAUAUAUCUUCAUGCAACCUUGUUUCUGCCCUCUUCCUCUGCGCUGUACCUAUAGAUGAAUCUGAAGACCCAAUUCUCGCCACGAAACGCCGGAAAAAUUGCCGAACCUUUUAAAAUUUGCAACUCUAUUGAGUUUACCUGGUUUAUCAACACAGACUACAGCGAACUAGUAU